CUGUAGCUGCACUUCAACUUCCUCAUUUGCUCGUCAGUGCUGUUUCCUCUUUCGCAUACUGAUAUGAUUCUUGUUCAGCAGACAACUUCUUAUAGGUCUGCUCUUUUAAUCUCCAGAAGAAUACAAACAACACAAAACUUUGCUUUACAAAGUAAUAGGUGUGCGCUCUGUCGCUGGGUUUGAAUAGUCUUCGUUUUUUCAAAGACCGCAUGAACAUUGAGCCGUACGUGAAGCUUGUGCAACACUGCUUCAAUGUGCCCCUACCUGUUUUCUGUGUGAGGGAGAAAGAAGCAGCAGACUGAAAACUUGGACAGUCAUGGAUGUCUAAGUGCAGUAGCUGUUUGUGUGUUUGUGUGUGUGUCGAGUGAGUGGGUGAUGUCGGGAGACACCAGCACCCUUUCCUGGAGGAGCAUGUCUCUGACCAGCCAGUCAGAUUCCUCGGACCUGUCUCCAACAGCGGGUGUCCACAGGGAUGUCCUCUCCCAGGUGAAGAUCAUCAAAGUGUGUUUCCUCAGCAACAGCCCCAACCUGGGCAAGAACUUCAAACUCAUCCGCUGUGAGGAGGGAUGGACUGUCAAGAAUCUGAUCAGCACGGUGCUGUCCAGCGGCUGCGUUGGUCCAGAGAUAAAAUACACUCAAUGCUACGGCCUCCUUCUUAAACACCUCAAAUCCUCAGAGAUACACUGGCUGCACCCUGAUCUCACUGUGGCUGAGCUCACCCACCGCUACGAGCAGCAGCACUUAGAAGCUGAGUGGAGAUAUGACUUGAGGAUCAGAUACAUCCCAUCAGACUUUAUGGAAAAAUUCCAAGAUGACAGAACCACCAUGCUCUACUUUUACCAGCAGGUACGAAGUGAUUAUAUGCAGCAGUAUGCCUCAAAAGUAAGCGAUGGAAUGGCUCUACAGCUUGGCUGUCUGGAAAUCAGGAGGUUCUGCAAAGACAUGAAUCCAAACGGAUUGGAGAAAAAGUCAAACUUUGAAUUUCUGGAGAAGGAGAUAGGACUCGACCUCUUCUUCCCCAAAGAGCUCAUUGACAGCAUGAAGCCCAAGCAGCUGCGUCGCAUGAUCCAGCAGACGUUUCAGGGCUACUCGACUCUGAAUCAGGACCAGUGCAUGGCGAAGUUCUUCACCACUCUGUCUCAGUGCUGGUGCUUUACGCAGGAAAGCUUCGCCUGCCAACUAGUGCAAGGCUGGAGCUUAACGAUAGACUUAGUUAUUGACCCUGAUGGGAUUAGUCAGCACACUGAGAACUCAACGCCCAUCUGUUUGGCCAAGUUCUCUCAGGUCCGCAGCAUCUCCUGUACUGCAGAGAGUGAUGGGCGAGCUCUGCUCAAAGCGCACAUUGAGGGAGCCAAACAGCCGCUGUCAGUGAACACCUCCUCCCUGGCAGUAGCAGAAAACAUGGCUGACCUGAUUGAUGGCUACUGCCGACUGGAAGGCGCUGAACGUUCACUUAUUGUCAGCCCCAACAAAGGGAGAGAUACGCGAAUGAAACUUCCUGACAUCCCAAAAUGUGCUGGUUCCAGUGCUCCCAGUAAAGGUUGCAAUUCUGAUAUUUAUGCUGAAAUCCCUGAAGACGGAGCUGACAUUAGUGAAAGGUACAAGAUCUCCAAGGAGGAUUUCGUUGUGGGACGGAUCCUGGGCGAGGGAUUCUUUGGAGAGGUUCACGAUGGAGUUUAUAAAAGCCCAACAGGGGAGAGGAUCCGAGUGGCCAUCAAAACAUGUAAGGACUGUUCGGCUGAUGUAAAGGAGAAGUUUCUCAGUGAAGCCGACUUGAUGAAAAAUCUGGAUCACCCCCACAUCGUGCGUCUGAUUGGAGUCAUUGAGGCCGAUCCUGUCUGGAUUGUCAUGGAGCUCUAUGAACACGGAGAGUUGGGGAACUACCUCAUAGAGAACCAGUACAGCCUGAGCACAGCGACGCUUGUCCUCUACUGUCUACAGAUAUGCAAAGCUUUGGCUUACCUAGAAGGUCUCAACAUGGUGCACAGUACCCGCUGCUGGGCCUAUGAGCCCAGUGGCCGUCCCAGCUUUGGCCAGCUUGCCUGCUCCCUCAGUGACAUCCACAGAAUGGAAGUGGAGCUGGAGAAAGAUGAGAGGCGAAACAAACCACGGUCCAACUCGAUAGCAUUUGAUCCCAACCACACGGAGCCUCCACCAAAGCCUUCCAGAUCAGGAGGCAGCACCCUUCCCCGAGGCUCACACAUACAGGCACCUCCAAAGGAUAGCAGCCCAGCAUGGGAGAAAGAGAGAGUGGAAGAAACUUUGGAAAGACAAAGAAGAGAAAUGAUGAUGGACAAAAUGUGGCUGGAGCAGGAAGAGAAACAACUGGUUCCUGUUGUGGGACGAGAUACAGAGAUCGAGCUUCCUCACAACAGCUCAAAAAACGGUCCUCCACAGAAACCUCCAAUGCCAGCUGCACAGCCUCGUCCCACAGCUGAGCUGGACCGAUCAGGUGAUCAGGUUUACACCAGCGUCAUGGCGAUGGUGAAGCAGGUGGUCCAGCUGAAGAAUGAUGUCAACACACUGCCGGCUUCUGAGUAUCCCAAUGCUGUCAAGGCAGUGGGUAUCUCUCUCCGGACCCUGAUUCAAAGUGUUGAUGAGAUCCUGCCCUCUCUGCACUCCUCUGUCACCUCAGAGAUUGAGGGCACGAAGAAACUGCUGAACAAGGAUUUGGCAGAGCUGAUUAAUAAGAUGCGACUGGCCCAGCAGAACUCCAUAACAUCACUAAAGGAGGAGUGCCAGAAGCAGAUGUUAGCUGCUGCUCACACUCUUGCUCUUGACUCCAAAAACCUCCUGGAUGCUGUGGACCAGGCUCGAGUCAGGGCCAACCUUGCCAAGCCUAAACGUGACUCAGAAGAUGAAGAAGAUUCUGGGGAAGACACAUAGGUUCCCUGCUGAUCAAACGAACUUGAAAGUUGGCUUUAGUUAUGAAAGGAUCAGUUCCUUUCUUGAGGACAUGUGGAGGCUAUUAUGGUGCAGCUCUGUCCCGGGGGGACGGGGGUGUAUCAGCUAAUGAAAGAUGUCAUACUGUAUUUGUAUAUGCGCUUAAACAACUGAACUGAAAUGCUGAAUGUAUUAAUAAUAUUUGUAGUGUUUAUUCUAUAUUUUUACUAUUAAA